CAAAGGUUGAAAUGAAGUCCCCCAAAAAAAUUAGUCAGUAAUCAAGGCUGGAGUCUCAAAGGGGCUCAUUUGCCAUGACCCUAAUCUGGGUUUUUGGAAAGAGAUACCAUUGAGCCAGAGAAUUGGCAUAGCUUCAUGUCACAGGCCUUUGGUGGGGGCAUUUUUCGCAUUUGCUGGAGGUGGUGGUGACAGGGCAUGCUGGAGUUCCUUAAUUAUGGUUUCAAAUUUUACCAUUAAGAAGGGAUCAUGUCUCAUCGUAAGUUUGAACAUCCAAGACAUGGCUCUUUGGGAUUUCUUCCUAGGAAGAGAGCCUCCCGCCACAGAGGAAAAGUCAAGGCCUUCCCAAAGGAUGAUGCAACAAAACCGUGUAGGUUAACUGCCUUUCUGGGGUAUAAAGCUGGGAUGACUCAUAUUGUCAGAGACGUUGAAAAGCCAGGAUCCAAACUUCACAAGAAGGAAACAUGUGAAGCAGUAACUGUGAUUGAAACCCCUCCUAUGGUUGUGGUUGGUUUAGUUGGCUAUGUUAAAACCCCUCGUGGGCUCCGUUCUUUGAACACUGUCUGGGCUCAGCAUCUUAGCGAAGAGGUGAAGAGAAGAUUCUACAAGAACUGGUGUAAGUCCAAAAAGAAGGCUUUCACCAAGUAUUCUAAGAAAUAUGAAUCUGAAGAUGGGAAAAAGGACAUUCAGGUGCAAUUGGAGAAGAUGAAGAAGUACUGUUCUGUUAUCCGUGUUUUGGCCCAUACCCAGAUAAGAAAAAUGAAGGGACUGAAGCAGAAGAAAGCCCAUCUCAUGGAGAUUCAAGUGAAUGGUGGGACUGUUGCCCAGAAAGUUGAUUAUGCUUAUGGAUUCUUUGAGAAGCAGAUUCCAGUGGAAGCUGUAUUUCAGAAGGAUGAGAUGAUUGACAUCAUCGGAGUGACCAAGGGUAAGGGCUAUGAGGGAGUGGUGACGAGGUGGGGUGUAACUCGCCUUCCUCGUAAGACCCACCGAGGGCUUCGGAAGGUAGCUUGUAUUGGGGCCUGGCAUCCUGCUAGGGUCUCAUUCACAGUUGCCAGGGCUGGUCAAAACGGUUAUCAUCAUCGCACUGAGAUGAAUAAAAAGGUCUACAAGGUUGGGAAAGCGGGUCAGGAGUCUCAUUCUGCUAUGACUGAAUUUGACAGGACUGAGAAAGACAUUACACCUAUGGGAGGGUUUCCCCACUAUGGUGUGGUGAAGGAAGACUACCUGAUGAUAAAAGGAUGCUGUGUGGGCCCGAAGAAGCGUGUUGUCACGUUAAGGCAGUCCUUAUUGAAACAAACUUCUAGAGUGGCCAUGGAGGAGAUCAAACUCAAGUUCAUCGAUACGUCCUCCAAGUUUGGCCAUGGUCGUUUCCAAACAGCACAGGAGAAGGCCAGGUUCUUUGGAAGGCUCAAGGCUUGAUAGCUAAUCUAGAACUGAGGAUUUCUCGCUUGUCCUGAGCAGUUUCUGGGGACUGUUCAAUUCAGCCCAUACAACUUGGAAGUUUCUUCAACUUACCUUUCUGUUCGAGUUUGAAAUAUUUUUUGCUGCUAAAUUCCAUCGCUCUAGGAGUAUUAUUGAGCCUUGGAGAAUAUGAGCAAUAUAAUGGAGUAUUUGGUUCAAUUUUU